AUGUUGUUGCAGGAGGAAGAGAGGAUGAGGGCUAGAAUGAAAGCUAUGCAGGAGGCAGCUGCAAUGGAACAGAGGAGAAGACAAAUUUUGCAGCAGAACCCACAGCUGCUCCUGCAACACCAGAACCAAAUGGCUCAUGUAUACCGACAGCAGAUCUUCCAACAUCCUUUCCGACAAGUUGUGCGUGGACCUCCACGGCAACCAAAUCCAUACAGGAAUGCACUGUCAAGUUAUUCAUACACACGUCCUCAGCGGGUCCAGGUUUCCAGGUCUCCAUUCCCAGGGAAUCCAUCAUCUCAUCCUCUGCGAUGA